AUAUGGUGAAAUUUUCUAAACAAUUUGAAGGACAAUUAGUUCCUGAAUGGAAAGAAGCUUUUGUUGAUUAUUGGCAAUUGAAAAAAGACCUCAAGAAAAUUCAUCUUCUUAACAAUAAUGUUAAUAACGCAAACAAAAAGAGCUCUUUUUCGCGUAACAUUUAUACCUCUCUUAGGAAAUUACCUUUGUUUGGACCUCAACGUCGCGAAAAUGGGAUCAUUCAAGUUCAUACGAAGCUUGGACAAACUUUGAGUAAAGGAGAUUUGUAUGAGACUGAAUUGUUGGAGCAAUUUGCUGAUACUGAAUCUGCUGCUGAGUUUUUCGCGCUUUUAGACCUUCAACUUAACAAGGUGAACCAGUUUUUUCGAACUAAGGAGAAGGAGUUUAUCGAAAGAGGGGAGUGUUUGAAGAAGCAAAUGGAGAUUCUUAUUGAGCUCAAAGAUGCAUUGAUCAAACAACAAUAUGAUAAAGGAACUUCUUCAGGCCAAAAUAUCAAAGAUGAUGAGUCAAUCUCAGCCACCAUUUCUUGUGAUGAAGAGUCCAACAAAGACAGAACAGAACAAGAACAGGACAUUGAGAACUCAAUAGAUCAAGUGAUACUAGACUCUCCAAGAUCAAGUGAGCUAGGCAAUCCAACUAACAUCAAUACAGAAGACAAUAAAUCGAAGAGUUCAUCUGAACGAGUGAUCAAUAACCAGGGAAAAAGCUUAAAGAUUCACAUUCCUCUAACGAAUCCAACACGAACAUUCUCAGCUAUAACUUACUUGUUUAGGGAUGAUAUGAUCAAUCAAUCCUCCAAGAAAUGUGGUCCUAAUGGACAGAAAAAAUUGCACAUCAAUAGAACAAAGCUAAAACACGCGGAGAAGAUGAUUAGAGGAGCCUUCAUUGAACUCUACAAGGGACUAGGAUACCUUAAAACUUAUCGGAACUUGAACAUGCUUGCUUUUGUAAAGAUCUUGAAGAAAUUUGACAAAGUUACAAACAAACAAGUUCUUCCUAUUUAUCUAAGAGUUGUGGAGAGCUCUUACUUCAACAGCUCAGACAAGGCUUUGAAGUUGGCUGAUGAUGUUGAGGAGAUUUUCAUCAAACACUUUGCUGAAGAUGAUAAAAAGAAGGCUAUGAAGUACUUAAAGCCAACUCAGAAAAAAGAAUCUCAUGCUGUUACCUUUUUCAUCGGUUUAUUCGGAGGAUGUUUCAUAGCACUUUUAGUUGGAUAUGUGAUCAUGGCUCAUAUAACAGGACUGUAUAGACCUAAAUCUGAUACAAUCUACAUGGAAACUGUCUAUCCUGUUCUCAGCAUGUUCAGCUUAAUGUUCUUGCACUUCUUUCUGUAUGGAUGCAACAUAUUUAUGUGGCGAAAGACUCGUGUAAACUAUAGCUUCAUCUUUGAGCUAGCUCAAACUAAGGAACUCAAGUACAGAGAUGUGUUCCUUAUAUGUACUACAUCGAUGACUGCUGUUAUCGGAGUCCUGUUUCUUCAUCUAACACUUGUAGCAAAAGGGUAUUCCUAUAAUCAAAUUCAAGCAAUUCCUGCCCUCCUAUUAUUGGUCUUUAUUUUGCUGCUGGUGUGCCCAUUCAACAUCAUAUACAAAUCUAGCCGUUAUCGAUUCAUUCGUGUUAUAAGGAACAUCAUGUUUUCACCUUUGUAUAAGGUUGUCAUGUUAGACUUCUUCAUGGCUGAUCAACUUUGUAGCCAGGUUCCAAUGCUAAGAAACCUUGAAUAUGUAGCAUGCUAUUACAUAACUGGAAGUUACAAAACUCAAGAUUAUGGAUACUGUAUAAGGACAAAAUAUUAUAGAGACCUUGCUUAUGCAGUUUCUUUCUUGCCAUAUUACUGGAGAGCUAUGCAGUGUGCACGAAGAUGGUUCGAUGAAGGACACAAAAGCCACCUAGUCAACUUAGGAAAAUAUGUGUCUGCAAUGUUGGCUGCUGGUGCAAAAGUUGCAUUUGAAAAAGAAAAGAAUAUGGGAUGGCUUUGUUUAGUUAUAGUCAUGUCAAGUGUUGCAACUGUAUACCAAUUAUACUGGGAUUUUGUUAAAGAUUGGGGCUUGCUUCAAUGUCAUUCCAAGAAUCCUUGGUUAAGGAAUGAAUUGAUGCUACGACGAAAAUUUAUCUACUACUUCUCCAUGGGAUUGAACCUUGUACUGAGACUAGCAUGGUUACAAACAGUACUUCAUUACAAUUUUGGAACUGUAGACUACAGGGUAACAGGGCUAUUUUUAGCAGCCCUUGAAGUCAUUAGAAGAGGACAUUGGAACUAUUACAGGUUGGAGAAUGAGCAUCUAAAUAAUGCAGGGAAAUUUAGAGCUGUUAAGACAGUGCCACUUCCUUUUCAUGAAGUAGAUGAACAAGAUUGAAUUAUUCCAAUUUGCAACAAAAAAAUGUUAUCAUAUUGAACAAGUUGAUAAAUUGUCAAAUUGUUCUCU